CAUUUUACUUUCACUUCAAGAGACAUUUAACUUGUUUUUGGCAAUAAGUGAGGAAUAUUGCAUCAGAACAAAAUAACUUGAUCCAGUUAGCAAAUUACAUAGCACAAUUUCAAAAUAAGGGCUUAGAUAUUCAUUUCACAGCAGAACCAAAAUGACUUGGCUAGCGUUUCAACUAGUUGUACUGAUUGCCAUUACAAUUUCAACAUCAAUGUCAAAUGUAAGCGGUGAAGCAUUUCCGGCACUUAAUAUAAAAAAACAUCGUUUAUCGUUCGAAGAUUUCGAACUUUAUACACCACCUUUAAGUCAAUUAGCUGAGGCGCUAUCAGAGGGAUUGAGAGAGAACUAUGCGGAAGUAUCGGUUAAAGUGGUGGAUUGUCCGGAUUUAACAGCGUCACCAUUUAAUUUGGCUGCAAAAGGCUUGAGUGGAUAUACCGCACAUGUUCAAGUUGGUAGCUUAAACUAUUUAUUUCCAAUGUCCAAUUACAAAAGAGUCUACGAUUUAAUCGACAUUGGACGAAAUGCAUUGCCGAAUGCCAGAAUUUUUUCAGUAUAUGGUGCUGGAAGUGGUCCGUUCAUGGUUAAGACUCAAUUUUGUGAGGGAGUCUACAAUUUAAAAGUCAACGAAGACAAAUCGAUUGUAAACCAAUGUCGAUUAGGUUACAUUAGACUUGAGAAUGGUUAUGAUUUAAAGAUGGAAAAGUUUCCAGCUAAUGAAACGCGAAUGGCAUUUUUGGGAAAUAUGUUUGUGUCAGAGGGCAAAAGCGGAAAGGUCGUUCAAAUAAAAGCAAAAAAGCGUAUCGGAGGUGAAGCAAGUUUUAUUACGGCAUGUCGAAAGGCAGUUUAUGAAGCAUUUGACUGGAAAGUUGUUGGUCUUGGCGGAGUAUUUGUUGUGAAGAAUGGGACAACAAUGCAACAUAUUGGAUUGAAUUUUCCCUUAAAACCAGUUAAAGAUCCAAAUACAUGGAAGAGACUAUUUAACAUGCCUGCGCCACUCACUUCGGUUGGGACAUUCAUAACUGACGAUAUGGGUUUGAACAUGCAAGUGGAACAUUUUCAUAGCUUUUCAAAUGGAAAAUGGGGUGGCCACUACGAAUAUGACACAAACGCUGACACCAUUGAAUAUGAAGCAUACUUCAAUGUUGCACAACGUGCGAUCCUCAUCGAUCGACCAAACUGAAGGUGUCAAAAUCGGCAAUUGAACACGCAUAUUGUUUCAUUUAGAAGAAGUAAUUUUCAGAUUCACUUCAAGUUAAGAAUUGAUAUUGUUUUGAAAUAGAAGUUAAGGAAGGAUGGAAUAUCGAUUACGCAUUUCUGAACAACACUAGAAUUGUAUGAAAAUCGAUUAUAUUCAUUUCUAUUGUAAUAAGAGGUAAACACUGCCAAAGGUCAUUAACUUUUAAGCUUUAACUUCAGUCUAUUAAAAAUGAUAAGCAUUUUACAUGUUUUCAGAAUAAAUGAAAUCGCUACUAUAAUCCCCAA